AUGGCCCUCAUGUUAGCCUCCUGUACUUACGGAUUCGGUCAACAUGUCGCAAAUCUUACGACGGAGAAUAAAGCAAAGACUUUAAAGGUAUUCUUGACCUUCACAUCUCGUUGCCACCCGAAAGUCCUGUCUCAACCGCCCCAAGCAUUCUACAAACUUACGAUGAACAUGACAAAGAUGUCCAUUUUGAUGUUGUAUUUACGCAUUUUCAUCCAACGGUGGUUUCGCAUGGUUUGCUAUGCCCUAUUGUGUAUUAUUGCUUCCUACAUGGUAGCUGCAUUUUUCGCUUCGAUAUUUCAGUGCAUACCAGUGGCAAAGGCCUGGAAUAAAGCUAUCCCGGGCUCUUGCAUUGAUAUAACGACUAAUUGGUAUGCCAACGCUGGGUUCUCGAUCGCUACCGAUAUAAUCAUACUGGCCCUUCCGAUGUAUCCCAUUUAUAAUUCCAGAAUUGUAUUGGACAGAAAAAUUGCGUUGAUGAUGGUCUUUGCUCUUGGGGCCUUUGUUGCUGUCACCAGUAUCAUUCGCAUGCAGACCCUCGACUUUUCCUCAAAAAGCCCAGACACUACUUACGAUCUUACCUCCUCGAUCUGGACCAUGAUUGAAGAAAAUAUGGCCAUAAUCUGCGCCUGCCUUCCGAUGAUGUGGACGCCACUUGCGAGAUUAUUCCCCUCCUUCUUAUCUACAAAUCAACGAGCAACAAGUAACCAUAGAUCGGCUGCAAGGGGUACCGAAUCCAAUGCCAAUUCACGAUCACGAAAUCACUGGGUUCAGUUUGAUGGGUACUCUGACCCUGCCAGGAGUAUCAGUAUGAACCCAAUCAGUGAUUCUCAGCGAAGUACCUCCGAGGACAGUACAGGUCAAAUUCUUCCACCAACAGGGCCACUUCAUGGUGAUGAAGUCAAGUAUCAAGAUCGAAAGGGUAUUAGGAAGGUUACAGAGUAUCAUGUUUCUUAUACCACUACUACUGCGAAGUAUUAA